UUCAAGCACUGUGGGAGACAGGUCUGACAGGGAUUUUGCAGCUGAUUCUGGGCCUGUCCCCCCCCCCCUCAGCAGGCAACUAGCUUGGAAUUUCACUCCCUGCCAGAAGCAGCCGCCUCUCCUUGCAAGCCUAUAGGAUUUUGCUGAGCUAAUUUAAAGACUGGUGGCCAGACAGUUCUUUAAAUCCAUUAGCUGUCAAGCGCUCGGGGCAAGUUUUUUUUCUUGCUUCUGCUCAGAACCUCUCAGUUUUUCUGGCAGACUUUUCGAGCGCAGAGCAACAGCGAAAAAGAGCAACUUUUAAAAAACAAAGAUCGCAAGACUGAGUGGUGUGUAGAACAAGCAAAACCACCCCAAAUGCCCCUGGUACGCUCCAUGUCCGUCACCUCUCUCAAUGGACUGCCUCAGUGGGAAGACGAGGACCUCCCGGUGGAGGAUUUAUUGCUCUUCGAAGUGGCCUGGGAAGUUACUAAUAAAGUUGGUGGCAUCUACACCGUGAUCCAGACAAAAGCCAAAAUCACGUUGGACGAAUGGGGGGAGAACUACUUUCUCAUUGGCCCCUAUUUCGAGCACAACAUGAAGACCCAGGUGGAGGUCUGCGAACCACCCAAUACGGCGGUGAACAAGGCAAUGGAUAUCAUGAGGGGAAACGGGUGUCAGGUGUAUUUUGGCAGGUGGCUGAUCGAAGGGAACCCAUAUGUGGUGUUGUUCGAUAUAAGCUCAGCAGCUUGGAAUCUAGACCGUUGGAAAGGAGAAUUCUGGGAUGCCAGCCAUAUUGGAAUCCCGUACCACGACCGAGAAGCCAAUGACGCCCUCAUCUUCGGGUCGUUAACUGCCUGGUUCUUGAAAGAGCUCUCUGAUCAGUUGGAAGACAAGCCAAACAUCAUUGCUCACUUCCAUGAGUGGCAAGCCGGACCAGGGUUGAUACUUUGUCGGUCCAGGAAGCUUCCUGUAGCAACAAUCUUCACAACCCAUGCCACACUCUUGGGGAGAUACCUGUGUGCCGCAAGCAUCGAUUUCUACAACCACUUGGAUCAUUUUGACAUAGAUAAAGAAGCAGGCGAUAGACAAAUAUACCACCGAUAUUGCAUGGAACGGGCUUCGGUACACUGCUCCCACGUGUUCACCACCGUCUCUCAGAUAACUGCGACAGAAGCUGAGCACAUGCUCAAGAGAAAUCCUGACGUUGUCACUCCAAAUGGCCUGAACAUUAAGAAAUUCUCAGCCAUGCAUGAGUUUCAGAACUUGCACGCCACCUGUAAGGCCAGGAUCCAAGAGUUUGUUCGAGGCCAUUUCUAUGGCCAUCUUGACUUCAGCCUCGAAAAGACCUUGUUUUUCUUCAUUGCUGGGAGAUACGAAUUUUCAAACAAAGGGGCCGACAUGUUUUUAGAGGCCUUAUCCCGAUUAAAUUUCCUAUUGCGGGUACACAAGAGCGAUGUUACAGUCGUUGUGUUCUUUAUAAUGCCAGCAGGCACUAACAAUUUCAAUGUGGAAACGCUGAAAGGCCAGGCCAUCCGAAAGCAGCUCUGGGACACUGCACAUUCUGUGAAAGAAAAGUUUGGGAAAAAGCUCUAUGAAGCACUAUUAAGAGGAGAAAUCCCUGAUAUGAACAAGAUCCUGGAUCGCGACGAUCUGACCAUCAUGAAGCGAGCCAUCUAUUCGACCCAGCGACAGAGCCUUCCUCCGGUGACAACACACAACAUGGUCGACGAUUCUAAUGACCCAAUCCUCAACACUAUCAGACGCAUCGGGCUUUUCAAUGGUCGGACAGAUCGAGUUAAGGUGAUCUUGCACCCCGAGUUCCUUUCUUCAACAAGUCCGUUAUUACCAAUGGACUAUGAAGAGUUUGUCAGAGGUUGUCAUCUUGGGGUGUUCCCAUCUUACUACGAGCCCUGGGGUUACACUCCUGCUGAGUGCACCGUUAUGGGCAUUCCCAGCGUGACCACCAAUCUCUCUGGAUUUGGUUGUUUUAUGCAGGAACAUGUGGCUGACCCAGCAGCUUAUGGUAUUUACAUUGUGGACAGGAGAUACCGCUCCCCAGAUGAGUCUUGCAAUCAGCUGACGCAGUUUCUGUAUGGGUUCUGCCAGCAGUCACGUCGACAAAGAAUCGUCCAGAGAAAUCGAACUGAGAGGCUCUCAGACUUGCUUGACUGGAGAUACCUAGGCAGGUAUUACAUGCAUGCCCGGCACCUGGCUCUGAGUCGAGCAUUUCCUGAAAAAUUUGAGAUGGAACCGAACGCUCCUCCAAAGACUGAAGGAUUCCGAUUUCCCCGUCCUUCAUCGGUACCCCCUUCACCGGCUGUGUCUCAGCACAACAGUCCCCAUCAAAGUGAUGAGGAGGUUGAAGAUGAGGAUGAAAGGUAUGAUGAGGAAGAAGAGGCUGAGAGGGAUAGGCAGAACAUAAAAUCUCCUUUUGGCAUCAACGCUGUGCCCCAAGAGAAAAAGAAGCAGCAUGGAGAAUACAGGAACUGAUUAACUCUGGCCUCGCAUGGGCACCACCUGCUCAGCUGUACACGUAUCACCCUGAAGGUCAAAUGACAACCACAAGUCAUUAGGGGAGUGUUCAUGAUGCUAUGUAAGCUAAAUGUCUGAAAUAUCUCCAUGUCCUGCUUCUUUUAAAAUAGUUUUGAUGAUAUAGUUUUCCUUCCCUCCCUUUAUUGGAGGUAGCAAAAGACAUUUAGAAGAGCACAUUAAACAUUAGGAUUGUAUGCUGGCUUUUGUUUUUGUAUCCCUGAUGCUGGAAAAUGGGUAGGGCAGGAUUAAAGUGUCCUACUGUCUGAAAACAUGGAAGGUUUAUGGGAAGAGAAAACUACUGUUAUUGGUAUAGCUAAUAAGCCUGCUGCUGUCUUUAAAACAAACCAAAAUGCAUUGAGCAUUUUAUAAUGCCAUAUAUAUAAAUUAAGCUUCCAUUCUGUAAGUACAGAUAUGCUCAUGAUCACCCCUAUAAAUUCCUCUUCUGUCAGUCUGAGGCUAAUUCAAAAGUCUUUUAGCCACUAUUGUGAGGCACAGUUAAAAUGAGAGACAACACUCCCAUUUUCAGACUGCAAUCAAAGUCUAUUGGAUUACAUAUGUACAGAUUUCAACUUCCUGCUACACUUGUUGGUGAUCAUCUUUAUAUAUUUCUGAUCAUUUAAAACCAGCAGCAGGCUUAGACUCGUUUCUUAAAACGAUGCUUUUGUUUUCCUUAUCUUGUCAAAUUGAUAAAAUCAGUACUUUCUUAACAGAAUUUUUUAUAAGACAGAAUGGUAAUCUGAAUGGGAAAAAAACAAAAUUGUUGAAAGACAAAUUCCAAAUCCAGCACACAACCUCAUUAAGCAUAGCAAAUAUGAUCUUCUGGCUUUCUUCCAGUUUGCACCUAGUGUAGAUUAGAUUUUUGAUUCUUAUUAGUUGUACACUCUUAGUUUUGUUGUAACAAUCAGGGCUUUUUUUUCAGCUGGAACACGGUGGAACGGAGU